CAACCGAUCUGACCUCAGUGCGAAAUUCGGUUGCUUCGAUAUCCUCCCACGUGAUUUGCCGACGUUGUGGCGCACCGCGUUCUAUUCACCUUGCUCUCAGCCACCGCGAACGUGUACUACACGCUCGUAGACGUACCGGUCAGCCAGACGGUUCGGUCGUCGUGUCACUCGCACGAUCGUUGAUAUGUCCUUCGAGCAUGCGCCGGUGACCAAAGGACUCAUGCUGGGCAUUGCUCUCGGCUCGAUUGCCAUUGGAAUAUUCGACCUCAAACACUACAUGCACUUGCAGCUGGUCCCGCACAUCUCCCAGUAUCAUCAGUACUGGCGUUUGUUCACCCACCAUCUGGUCUGUGCUAACUCCAGCGACCUCUUCCUGGUCGAGCUUCUCCUCUACUAUGUCUCAGUUCGUAUUGAGCGAACGUUCGGCAGCGUGAAAUUCGCAUCCUUCUUGAUGAUCACCAUGCUUGUAUCGACUAUUUCUACAUUCCUAACCCUCCUCAUCCUGCACGCCUUUCGGUUUCUUGGAAACGUCUUCAACGUCGUCCCCUCAAGCCCAAUUGCUAUAGUUUUCAGCAUUCUGUAUCAGUACACGCGACUCGUACCCGAAGCAUACCAGGUGAAGGUGUUCGGCCUCGAUCUCAACGACAAAGUAUGGGUGUACAUACUGGCCGCACAGCUCACCAUUUCGCAAUUUCCGCGGACGCUGGUACCUACAUUGGUCGGGCUCCAUGCCGGUUACCUCUACCGGUCGGACAUUCUGCAACUGAAGAGCUGGCGGAUCCCGCACCGCGUUCUAACCUUCUGCGAGGUCUGGGUGAAUCCGUGGCUGGGUGAGGGCACGGUUGUGCGACGUACAAACAGAGUCCUGCCAGAGGCAAGACCUCGACGGCACACGGAGACACCUCAGGUCAACGAAGAAGAGGUUGUCACAACCGCACGCGGCCGUGGUCGGCCUGACCCAAUAGAUAGCCUCAGGCGACAGACAGCAUACGUGCAGAGACAAACGGACAUACAGACAUUGACAGGAAUGUUCCCAAAUGUUCGACCAGCGGCCAUCACAGCCGUGCUGAACAGAAGUCCCAACGUCGAGGCCGCAGCGGCCCUUUUGCUGAGUUCACAGCGGAAUCUCUGAUGUGUAUUUUUUUUCCAAUGCGUGGCCAAGGAGUAAACAGCACUACUGUGAUUUCACUGCCAGUCUGCCACAGCCUCUCGUGCCAUCUUUCACCGAUGUGUUCGAUCUGGUCGCGCUCGGGUGCUAAGCAUUGUACCAUCACACAUUCGCAUACCUGUUCGGUCCGUCGCUCGUCAAUUCCUUCGUUUUCGCCGGUCUAGGGCCAAGGUUUGGUCAGUCGAUGAUAAUUGACAGCACAGCCAUAUGCACCA